UCGAUUCAUUCGACGUUUAACUGUCGCGCGAUCAACACAUAGAUUGGAAAAUAAAAUAAAAAAAACUUAAAAUGGAGAUUCAAAAUCAGUUGAUUAAACUAUUGGCUACAUUGCUGGUAAUUGGUUUUGCUCUAUCUACUCCGGUGUUACUAUUGGCCGUAAUGUUAUCAAAAAUCGGCGAAUGUUUCAAAUAUAAAUCCCCCAAGAGUAUCAUCGGUGAGGUGGCUGUGGUGACCGGGGCUGCUCAUGGACUAGGUCGGGCUAUAGCAUUGGAACUGGCCGAACUCGGAUGUCAUAUAGCCGUGGUAGAUAUUGACAUAAAGGGCGCCGAGGAAACCGUAGAAAAAAUUCACCAGAUUUCCAGAGUAAAAGCAAAAGCUUAUAAGGUGAAUGUAACCAGUUUUACUCAAAUAACUGAUCUUAAUGCUAAAGUUACACGAGAUCUUGGUUCGGUUACAAUUCUUAUUAACAAUGCAGGCGUAAUUUUGUUGCGCAAUCCUUUAGAUCCUGCACCAGAGGAAGUGCAACGAAUGAUUGAUGUCAAUUUGACAUCGCACUUUUGGACGAAGACUGUGUUUCUGCCCACAAUCAAGAGGUUGCGAAAGGGGAACAUUGUUACAAUCAGUUCAGCGUCGAGUCUAUUACCCUUUGCCUAUCAUACCACUUACACUGCAACCAAAUUUGGUGCUACCGGCCAUAUGAAGGCAUUGCAAUUGGAAUUAGCUGUAGAGAAACAGCAUGACAUCCAUGUCACCACGGUAAUGCCAAUGUUUCUGGACACCAACGAUGAGGUGUCUGAACUUGCUUACAUUAGCAAGGUAAAUCGACUGUAUCCCUUGAUUAGAGGAGAAACGGUAGCUCGUCGGAUAGUUAAGGGAAUGCUCGCUGGGGAGAGGGAAAUAAAGAUUCCAUUCAUAGUGGAUAUUUUGCAUCGUAUUUUGAACUUACUUCCUCUCAGCUGGCAGGAGAGACUGGUUCUUUUAUUUGCCUCUAAUAUGUUUCUGUCGUAUAAAGAAAUCAGCUUGAAUGCUAAGAUCCCCAAACAGUGAUUUGACAAUUUAAUUUUGGAUUGGAUAACAAUGUUCAUCAAUUAAUUCCUGGUAUCUAAGAGUCGAGCAUAUUCUAUG